AUGGGCAACUCGAGCACAAAGUUGGCAGAAAAAUGCUCGCUUCUGGCCAAGAGCGAAGUGCCCGUCGUGGCGAGCUCCUUCAAGCUAGUCAGCAAAAACUCGGAACGCAUCAAGGAAGAUGAUCUCAUGAAAUUCUGGGGCUCUCAGAUGGACCCACGGCUCGCGCAAUACAUCACCAACUUCCUGUUCGGACCGCUCGGAUCGCGGUCACCGGUGGUCGAGUUUCUACGCUUCGCUGAGCUGUACGUCUACUGCGUGCGCGGUACCAUCGACGAGCGGAUCAAUGUGCUGCUGUGCAGCCUCGGCCAGCAGCCCGAGUCCGAGUCGACCGAAAUUGCUUAUCCGCUGAUCAAAGAGUACGUGGAAGCGGUCGUUAGUAGCUAUAUGCGAGCGAUCCGGCUGGAGGGCGGACCGCAGUACAAAUCUUGGGAAUCGCGUGGCUUCCGCAUCGUCAAGGAUUGCAUCCAGAAGCUGGCGGAGAGCCUGGCGUACGAUGUGGUGCAGCAGGGCACGCAGAAGGUUACCCGUGGCGAUGCCGAACGAUGGUUACACAAAAACCCCACCUUCCUGAAGAUGCUGGAGCACGUGUUUUCCCACCUGUACCACUACCGGAACGUGAAGAAUACCUCGGAAGCGGAUGGGAACGCGCGCAAAAGCAUCAUACCGCAGGAAGCGCCCCAAUCGAUGUUGCCAUACUGCGAGGGGUUGCAGUACGUGCCGGACUAUCCGGCGUUCACUGAUCUGUCCCAGAUGCUGUUCAUCAACUCCAACCUGCCCGGGGUGCAGCAGAACAAGUGGCGCUUUUUGUUCUCCUCCCAGAUACACGGCGAAAGCUUCUCGACCCUGCUAGGCCGCAUCAUGGACCAAGGAUCGACGGUGGUGAUCGUUGAGGAUGCGAACGGAUACAUCUUCGGUGGGUACGCGACGGAUUCGUGGGCCCUCAGCCCGAACUAUGUCGGCAACGAGAACUCGUUUCUCUUCACAUUGCGGCCAAAAAUGCGAUGCUUUUCCAGCACCGGCUAUAACGACCACUACCAGUAUUUAAAUCUUCAUCAGCAAACGAUGCCAAAUGGAAUGGGUAUGGGCGGCCAGCACAACUACUGGGGGAUGUGGCUGGACAGCGAGUACGGCAUUGGCGAGUGUUCGGAGUCGUGCACCACGUACAAAGGCUACUUUCAGCUGAGCGCGACUAAAAAGUUCAACAUCCGAAACGUGGAGGUCUGGGGUGUUGGCGAUAAACCGCUGAAGGAAGACGAGGAGGAGGACGAAAAGUCGGGUGUCCGCUCGGUGCUGGACAGCAACGCGGACAGCAAAGCCAUCCUGAAGAUGAGCGGCCGCGAGCAGUACUCGGACGGGUACCGGGAGGAACCGAAGGACUAAGGCUUGCGGAAGCACGCCAGAAAGCAGAAGUGUUUCGUGCUGGGUCGCUCAAUGGAAAUCAACUUGGUGGAUGUGCAGGAUACAUUCAAUUUCAACUUUCUGUAAUUGUGGGAAACGGUACGGUCGAAUACGGGGUGGCCACACACCAUCGCUGUGUUUGUGUGUGUCUGCGCCCCCUUUUUAACGAGUGGCUGCGUUGGGCACCACCACUGUCGGAGGGAUUAGCGUUUUAAGAACCAAAGUCUGAAUAGUUUUCUCAAGCGGGUUUACCUUAAUCACUUUUAUUUUGCGAUGCUUGUCCAAGUACGCACGAGGGAUUUUUACUGUUCGAACCGAUACUAACAGACAAGUAACACCAACAUGCACCAAGUAACACAUCCUUAAUACCAGCACUGUAUCACGAGACUCUUUCAUCUGGCGUGGAGCUGCAGUGUUCCGAUUGUUUGUCUUUUAAUGGGAUGCAAUCGCAAUGCCAUGCAAAAGCAGAUCACCGUUUUGGGCGUUUGUUUCAGAAACAAAGCAAAAUCAAUCAUGAAAAAAACUAAAACGAAAACAAUUAUCACACAGCAAGUAGUAUAGUGUGUAUUAUGUAGAUGUAUCAAAGAUACACGAGGAACUCUUCGGUAAGCGCGAUAGUGUGGCAAAACCUUAGACAUUUGAAGCGUUGAACGAGAACAGAAGCAGAAGGGCAUGCUUGAAGCAAUCAUCAUUGCUACUAGCACAGCAAUGCACGAUAAUAUUGCUAGGUUUAUUUUAUCUCUCUGUAACACCACAUAUAAGCGUAGCACGAGCAGGAGCAAGUACCGGCAGGCAUAUCUAGGAUAUGCGCCGCAGGAAGCACAUGUUUGUACAGAAUAUUUAGUGUAGGUGGUCAGAAUCUUUCGAUGUUAUGACAGUCUUAUCUUCCUAGCUAUACGAUAUGAAAGUGAGUGCAAGAAUUCAGAAAAGGGCAGCGAUUAAGCUUUGCGCAGCAUCGUUUGCAUUAGUUCGAAUUAGGCUGCAGAUGCUGUAUAUUUAUUUAUGUUGUUUUUAUUGUUAUCUUGUUUAGCUAAAAUUUUGAUUUGUUCUUCGUUAAUUUUUUUGUUUGCAUCGAGUGCCAUAUACAUAGUGGUUUCAUAUCAGGAAAAUGGCCCGGGUUGGGAAUCUAAUCGAGUACUUUCGUUUUGUGUAUCGAUCGCAAUGUAAACCGUUUUCAAUGCGUGCGUGUAAAAAAAGUAUCCCACAAUGGGAAACCACUCCUUUCCAAGCUGUGUAAUUCCUACUCACGUUGUCAGUAUCUUGAUGUGUUUUUUGUAGCAAUAUCGUUGUGGCUGUUGAAUAGAUGCACGGAUUUGAACGAAUAUGGAAAUA